UUUCUUUUCAUUGUCUUUUUACCGAAAUAAACUAGAUCUAAAAUAGUCCAGUCUUUGCAGAACCCUUUUUGGGAGUUGGAAAAAAGAGAAUAUAUAGAGAAUCAUAUUUGUGAGAGGACAGAGUUAAUCAAAACCGGCCGUCCUAUAUUGCAUUAUUUUAUCCAAUAAUGAAGGUGAUGAUGCUACGCAAGAUGCCAUUGGACAGCGCUCAUUUUAUUUUUGAUUUUUUUAGAUCAAAUCUGCCAAGAUCUGCCUCAAACAGCUCAUUAAUCCACCCUAGCACAGGAGUUGGCGGCCCCGCACAAAACAAAUUCGUCCCAGCACUCUCGGCCGUUUCCCGUAGACCGCGACGUCAAGGGGUACAUUAGCUUCUUCUGCAUCCUCUCCUCCACCACCUCUAUAUUAGUAACGAUCUGUGCCUCCCGUGUAAUCUCAUUUCUAGCGCCGAGAAAGAAAGCACCCACCCUGUACGCACGCACGAGGGCACGAUCUCCCCUAGCCUGUCGGGUUUUCUUUCGCCGCGCGCGUUGCCGUUGGCGGCGGCGGCGAGGGCGAGCGCGUCACAUAAGAUAACUAGAUGGACGACCUCGGCGAGACACACGCGUUCGGGCGCAGCCUGUUCUCUCGGUCGUCGCCGGACUAUGACGAGGAGGAGGCACUGCGGUGGGCGGCGCUGGAGAAGCUGCCCACCUACGACCGCGCCCGGACGGCGGUGCUGGCCAUGCCGGGGGAGGGGCUCAAGGAGGUGAACUUGGAGAAGCUGAGCGCCCAGGAGAAGCACGCGCUGCUGCAGCUCGUCGCCUGGGUCGGCGAUGACCACGAGCGCUUCCUCUCCAAGUUCAAGGACCGCCUCGACCGAGUUGGGAUUCAGCUGCCGACGAUCGAGGUGAGAUACGAGAACCUCAACGUGGAGGCACAGGCGCACGUUGGGAGCAGGGGCCUGCCCACCAUCCUCAACACCUAUGCCAACAUACUGGAGGGCGUGGCAAAUGCUCUUCACCUAACACCAAACAGGAAGCAGAAAAUACCAAUCCUUCACAAUGUCAGCGGAAUCAUCAAGCCCCACAGGAUGACCUUGCUUUUGGGCCCCCCUGGAGCCGGGAAGACCUCAUUGCUUUUGGCCUUGGCCGGAACUCUGCCUUCAAGUCUUAAGAUGUCAGGGGACUUAACUUACAAUGGGCAUACUAUGGAUGAGUUUGUGCCACGGAGAUCAGCCGCUUAUGUCAGCCAACAUGAUAUGCAUAUGGCCGAACUGACUGUCCGUGAGACUGUCAACUUCUCUGCAAAAUGUCAGGGAAUUGGUCACCGUUUUGAUCUGCUAAUGGAGCUAUCCAGGAGAGAGAAGGAAGAACACAUCAAACCAGACCCAGAAAUAGAUAUCUACAUGAAGGCUGUUGCAACAGGAGAUCAAAAAGCUGAGGUGGUCACAAAUCACAUACUAAAGGUCUUAGGGUUGGAUAUCUGUGCCGAUAUAAUGAUAGGAAACAAUAUGUUGCGAGGCAUAUCAGGAGGGCAAAAAAAGAGAGUAACCACAGCUGAGAUGCUCGUCACACCCGGACGAGCCCUUUUCAUGGACGAGAUAUCAACCGGACUUGAUAGCUCGACAACCUUCCAGAUUGUGAACUCCAUCCGACAAACAAUCCACAUUAUUGGUGGAACAGCAGUCAUUGCCUUGCUACAACCUGCACCAGAGACAUAUGAAUUGUUUGAUGAUAUAAUUCUCCUUUCAGAUGGUCAUGUUGUCUAUAAUGGCCCUCGACAAUAUGUUCUCGAGUUCUUUGAAAUAAUGGGAUUCAAAUGUCCCAAGCGAAAAGGCGUAGCUGACUUCCUGCAAGAAGUUACAUCAAUAAAAGAUCAAGGACAAUACUGGAUAAACAAUGAUGAGACAUACAGAUUUGUUCCAGUCAAGGAGUUUGCGGAGGCAUUUCAAUCUUUCCAUGUUGGUCAAGCUAUAAGGAGUGAGUUAGCUGUGCCAUUUGACAAGGACAAAAGUCAUCCCGCAGCUCUGAAAAAAUCACAAUACGGCGCCAGCAUGAAGGAACUACUCAAAGCUAAUAUCAACAGAGAGAUAUUGCUCAUGAAGAGGAAUUCAUUUGUGUAUAUAUUCAAGGCAACUCAGUUGACACUCUUGGCAAUCAUUGCAAUGACCGUAUUUCUGCGCAUCAAUAUGCAUCGAGACUCGGUAACAGAUGGAGGGAUAUACAUGGGCGCUAUCUUCUUUGGGAUCUUGAUGAUAAUGUUCAAUGGGUUUGCAGAAGUAGGUCUAACUACUGUAAAGCUCCCGAUUUAUUUCAAGCAACGGGAUUUUCUCUUCUUUCCAGCAUGGACAUACUCGUUGACAUCAUGGAUCAUUAAGACCCCCCUCUCCUUGCUCAAUGCAACAAUUUGGGUUGGGAUAACAUACUAUGGUAUUGGAUUUGAUCCCAACAUACAAAGAUUUUUUAGACAACUCCUACUGCUCUUCUUAGUGAACGAGGCAUUUUCUGGACUCUUCCGCUUCGUUGCUGGCCUUGCAAGGCAUCAUGUUAUUGCAAACACCAUCGCUUCCUUCUGCAUGUUAAAUUUUAUGCUCACAGGUGGAUUCGUCAUGGCAAGAGACAAUGUGAAGAAUUUGUGGAUAUGGGGAUACUGGAUAUCACCCCUGAUGUAUGCACAAAAUGCCCUAUCGGUGAAUGAGUUCCUAGGUCAUAGCUGGAACAAGACAAUCCCCGGUUUCAAAGGACCACUUGGAAGACUAGUUCUGGAAUCUCGAGGGAUUUUUCCUGAUACAAAGUGGUACUGGAUUGGUGCUGGUGCCUUACUCGGAUAUGUGCUGCUAUUUAAUAUCCUCUACAGUGUUUGCCUCACAUUCCUCGACCCAUUUGACAACAACCAGCCAACAGUAUCUGAAGAAACAUUGAAGAUAAAACAAGCUAAUCUCAUUGGUGAACUUUUAGAAGCAUCAUCGAGAGGAUGGGUUAACAACAGUACAAUGGCAUCGAGAGAUACUAUGGACGGGAGCAAUGAUAAAUCAAAUUCCAACCACACAACUAUGAAUUCUAGUCCAGGCAAGAAAGGAAUGGUCCUGCAUUUUGUACCUCUCUCUGUCACAUUCGAUGAUAUAAAAUACAGCAUAGACAUGCCAGAGGAAAUCAAAGCACAAGGUGUGACGGAGAGACGAUUGGAAUUACUGAAAGGUGUCAGUGGUUCAUUUAGGCCAGGAGUACUCACAGCUCUUAUGGGUGUCAGUGGUGCCGGCAAGACAACACUGAUGGAUGUGUUGGUUGGACGGAAGACCAGUGGAUACAUAGAGGGCAACAUUACAAUAUCUGGAUAUCCAAAGAAGCAAGAAACUUUUGCUCGUGUAUCAGGUUACUGUGAGCAGAACGACAUCCAUUCACCAAAUGUGACUGUGUAUGAAUCACUUGCAUUCUCUGCAUGGCUCCGAUUACCUGCCAAUGUUGAGUCCUCAACAAGAAAGAUGUUCAUUGAUGAGGUCAUGGAGCUAGUGGAACUUAACCCCUUAAAACAUGCAUUGGUUGGAUUACCUGGUGUGAGUGGAUUGUCAACUGAGCAGAGGAAAAGGCUAACAAUAGCAGUGGAGCUAGUUGCUAACCCUUCUAUUAUUUUCAUGGACGAACCAACAUCUGGACUGGAUGCACGGGCAGCAGCCAUUGUCAUGAGAGCAAUAAGGAACACUGUAGAUACAGGAAGGACUGUUGUUUGCACCAUUCACCAACCGAGCAUCGACAUAUUCGAGUCUUUUGAUGAGCUCUUCCUGAUGAAACGAGGAGGUGAAGAGAUUUAUGUAGGCCCACUAGGUCGGCACUCAUGUGAAUUGAUCCGAUAUUUAGAGGCUAUUCAAAAUAUCAGAAAGAUUAAAGACGGCCAUAAUCCUGCAACAUGGAUGCUGGAAGUUACCAGUACAACACAAGAACAUAUAACCGGGAUUAACUUCAGUCAUGUAUACAAGAAUUCUGAAUUAUAUCGGAGGAACAAAAAAUUAAUAGAGGAGCUAAGCACACCUCCUGAAGGGUCAAGCGACCUAUCCUUUCCAACCCAAUACUCACAAACCUUCAUCACACAGAGUUUUGCUUGCCUGUGGAAGCAAAGUCUGUCAUACUGGAGAAACCCUCCAUAUACUGUUGUGAAGUACAUCUAUACUAUAGUACUUGCACUGUUGUUUGGGACAAUAUUCUGGGGUAUUGGCAGAAAAAGACACAAUCAACAAGACUUAUUCAACGCCAUGGGUUCCAUGUAUUCCACAAUUCUGUUCAUGGGGGUGCAGAACUCUACCUCAGUUCAGCCGGUUGUGGCUGUUGAGCGCACAAUCUUUUACAGGGAAAGUGCGGCUCGCAUGUACUCACCUUUGCCAUAUGCGUUGGGACAGGUUGUAAUAGAACUUCCAUAUAUCCUUGUCCAGUCCUUAAUAUAUGGUAUUCUAGUAUAUGCUAUGAUUGGGUUUGAGUGGACAGUUGCCAAGUUCUUUUGGUACCUGUUCUUCAUGUACUUCACUCUAGCUUACUUCACAUUUUAUGGAAUGAUGACGAUGGGCCUGACCUCAAACUACAAUGUUGCCUCUAUUGCUUCUGCGGCGUUCUAUGCUCUCUGGAACCUUUUCUCGGGAUUUAUUAUACCAAGAACUAGAAUCCCAAUAUGGUGGAGAUGGUACUAUUGGCUCAACCCUAUUGCGUGGACACUCAAUGGUCUGGUCACUUCACAGUUUGGAGAUGUAAUAGAAGAGUUUGAUAAUGGAGUGCGAGUAUCCGAUUUUGUAGAAAGCUACUUUGGGUACCAUCAGGAAUUCUUGUGGGUAGUCGCUAAUGUGGUCGUCUUAUUUGCUGUUCUCUUUGCUUUCCUUUUCGGACUCUCAAUCAAGCUAUUUAACUUUGAAAAGAGAUAAGUGAUCAAGGAAGAGCAUAUCCAAGUUUGAUCGAAGACUGAAGACUGCUAGCAGAGACAAUACAAUAGGACUAUGUCCUUUUAGUUGUAUUGGAUACAUGUGAAUACUACUGGGAAUAUUAGACAAUUUCAUGAUUAAUUCUACAAUAUAAAUCAUGAUUAAAGUAACUAUUACCAUGUAUACCUCUAGCAUACUAGAUGGAUUGAACAACA